AAAAAAUUAGUAAUUUAUUGUUGCAGUAUCAUUCAAACCACAAAAAUGAAAGGCUUUAUCUUGGCUAGUUUUUUGGUGGUUGCCGUCAGUGCUUCUUCACUGUUUCAGCAGGAUGGCGCCAAAUUCCAAGCAUUCAAGUUGCAACAUGGUAAGACCUACAAAAACCAAGCCGAAGAAGCGUCCCGUUUUGCUAUCUUCAGGGACAACCUUCGUUCUAUUGAAAGCCACAAUGCCCGAUUUGAACAAGGUCUUGAAACUUACACCCAAGGUAUCAACCAAUUUGCUGACAUGACAGACGCUGAAUUCAAAGCCAUGCUUGCUCUUCAGUACGCCAAUAAGCCUAACUUCAACGACAAUAGUAAAUUCCAACUUCCUGAAGGGGCUUCUGCUCCCGAUUCCAUUGACUGGAGAGAAAAGAACGUUGUCGGUCCCAUCAAAAAUCAAGCGUCAUGUGGAUCUUGCUGGGCUUUUGCACUUGUUGGAUCUACCGAAUCUGCAUUAGCACUUAAAACUGGAAAUGUAACUUCCUUAUCAGAACAACAACUUAUUGACUGUACUACUGACAUCAAUUUUGGUUGCAGUGGUGGAAUGUUGGAACCAACAUUCCCUUACAUUCAACAAAAUGGACUUGAAUCCGAAGCAGACUACCCAUACCAGGGUGAGGACGGCAAUUGCACAUAUGACUCUUCCAAAGUUGUAACCAAAAUCACCUCCUAUGUGUACUUCAAUGGUAGUGAAGAAGUAUUGAAAGAAGCUGUUGGAACUGCAGGACCAGUAGUUGUUGGUAUCGAUGCUGAUUACAUGAAGUACUACAGUAAUGGAAUAUUUACUGAAUCAGGAUGUCCUCAAGAUUCCGCAAGCUUAGACCAUGCAGUUUUGGUUAUUGGAUAUGGCUCUGAAGAUGGGUCUGAUUACUGGAUUAUCAAAAACUCAUGGGGCACUGCCUGGGGUGAAUCUGGAUUCAUUAGAUUUGCGCGUGGAGUGAACCAGUGUGGCAUAAUCACUGAAAAUACCUACCCUAUAAUAUAAAUAAUCAUUUUUAUUAACAGUAAAUUGUAUAUUAAAUGGAAUAUUAAAUAAACACCUUGUUAGUAGUUAUAUAAUAUGAAUUAAAUUAAUAUGUGAA